AUUUUAUUAAUUAAAUUAAUGGGUGAUAUUAUACCUAAUUAACUAUUCGUUGCUGGGUACAGUCGUAGCAAAGUAGAAGAUGACAAAGAUGUGAGAGAUAUCUUCAAAAAAUACGGAAUGAUCAAAGAAGUUGCUUACAAAGGAUCAUAUUCAUUUGUUGUAUGAACUAAUUUCGAAAUUAAGACUUUUAAUACUGAGUAAGAAGCACAAGAAGCUUUAAAGGGUACUAAUGGAUAAACUUACAAUGGAUAAAAAUUGAAAGUAGAUGUGGUUGACAAUCGUAAAGGAAGAAAGACAGGUCCAAAUGAAGAAGAUAAAUGUUUCAAAUGCAAUAAAGGUGGUCAUUGGUAAGAUGUUAUUAAAUUUUUUAGGGCUCGUAAUUGUCCAAAUAAUAAAUCACCAAGACGUAGUAGAAGACGUUCUGAUUCUAGAUCAAAGUAUAAAGAUAUUUAAAUAAUUUAGGCGCCGUCAUAGAAGAUCUGAAUCAAGAUCAUAUUCUUCUUAUUCAUCAUCCAGAUCUAGAAGAAGAAGAUAUCAAAACAAAAGAAAGAGACACAGUAGAAGCCCAAGAAGAGAUCAAAGAAAUAGAAAAAGAAGUGUUAGUCCAAAAAGAUCACCUUCUGACUCAGUUUCAAGGCAGAAUUCAAACUCAAAAUCUUGAUAAAGAAUGGGAAAAAAAACUCAUUUUAUUACAAAAGAAAUAUAAACAUUUAAUUGAAUAUAAUUUAUUCAAUUCUUCUCAUAAAAUUAUCAUUAUGAAAAAAAGAACACUUCAGGAUCUGUCUGAAGAACAAGACCAGAUAAAUUAGUCUUAUGUUGAAAUUAAUUCUGUUUAGAGAGAACUCUAUUUAGAGAAUUAGAAAAGGUUAAGAGAAAAACAAAAAGAGAAAGACAAUAUUGUAAUAAUAGAAGAUGAUGAACUAAAAUAAUAAUAAAUAGAAGAAGAUGAGGUUUAAUUAUCAUUUCCCAUUGGAAAAUUUUGUUUAAAUUGUUUAACAUAAUAUCCAAUAGAUGAUAGACAACCACAACAUUUACCAUUUAUUAACAUCCUUUACGAAAAUGCAUUUAUAGAUGUUAAAACUUAAAAGCCUAAAAAGACAUUGGAAAGUGCUUUAAUGACAUGUUAUGGUUUUGAGGAUGAAUUAUUAGAACCAAUAGUAAAAUCAGGUGUAUAACUAUAUAUUGUAAAUGAUAAUGAUAAUUUAAACAAAAGGUUGGAAAUAAUUGAAAAAUAUAAUAAUUAUCCAAAUUGGAUGGUUAUUAAACCAUCUAAAUUAGGAUCAAGUAUGUUUGGUGGUGCUUUUCAUCCUAAAAUAUGGAUACUUAAAUUUCCAAAAUUUAUUCGGAUUGUUAUCGGAAGUUAAAAUUUACAUGUAGGUGAUUGGACUAUAUGGUCUUAAGCUAUGUGGAUUUAAGACUUUAAAUUAGGAAAAAGUGAAUUAGAUCAAACUUCUUAAGAAUUUAAAACUAUGCUAAGAGAAUUUCUGUUUGAGAUAUUACCGACAUCUCAUAAAUUUGAAGAUCUUCUUAAAAUUAAAUAUGAUGAAUAUGAUUUCAAAGAUGUUAAUAUAAGACUUAUCACAUCUAUUCCAGGAAGAUUUGUUGGUAAUCAAUUAUUUAAAUAUGGUAUGACGAGACUUCAAUCUGUCUUAUUUUAAGAACUUUGUAAUAAUAAAAUGGAUGUUCUAAAAUAAGUUUGUGUUACAUAUCAAACUACUAGUAUUGGAUAAAUAGAUAAUAAUUAUGUUGAUUUUGCAUUAUAAUGUUGCACAGGUAAAGUUUAUAAACAACCUUUGCCAAGUGAACAAAAUAAUAAAAAAUUAAAUUAAAUGAUUUUAAAUCAAUAAGAAGAAGAAUAAUCAAAACUAAAAUUAAUCUAUCCGACAGCUGAUUAUGUUGAGAAUUAAACUCAUGGAGGUGUUGACUUUGCCAAUCCCUUAUAUUUAAAAAAACAAUUAUAUGAAAAUCCUAAAUUUCCUAAACAUCUUUUCCAUAAAUACUAAGGUUCUGAUCAUUAUUACUGGCAUACUGGAAACAUUCCUCAUUUAAAAGUUAUGAUUAUAACUACAUUAGAUGAAGAUAUAAAUGAUUAUACAUCUAUUUAUAUAGGAAGUCACAAUUUUAGUUAAGGUGCUUGGGGAAAAAUGGAAAAAAAUGCUACUUAAUUAUACAUUGCUAAUACUGAAUUAGGUGUUUUAUAUCCACCAAAAAAAAACUCAGCUCUUAUGAAAUAAUAAAUUAUAGAAUAACUUUCAUUCAAAUUUCCUCCAUUAAAAUAUGAAAAAGAUGAUUAACCUUGGAUUAACGAAGCAUAUUAUGAAAAAUUAUACAAAGAAUAUUAGUAAUAAAUAAAAUGA